AUCUAUCAAGGCCCUGACACGGACGUGGAGGUCUGCACCCACCACCCCGGAGCCCCGGUCUUCCAUGAAGGAUAUAAAUACUGGAGCUGCUGCUGCAUCAAGACCACAGACUUCAACGCGUUCCUGGACCAGAAGGGCUGCACCACAGGAAAACACUCUUGGGUGGCCAAGCAGGACAAGAAGAAAGUGGCAUGUCGAUACGACUGGCACCAAACAGGAAGUUGUGUUGUUGUGACGAUUUACGCCAAGAAUUCAAUCCCUGAUUCCUGCAGCAUAGAAGCAAACCGGACGGUGCUCUCGUGUCAAAUUCAGUUUGAGAACAACAAGAUAUUCAAGAGAGAAUUCUACCUCUGGGGGGUCAUCAAUGUCAAACAGAGCUCGGUCAACAUGGUCCCGUCUAAAGUCGAGAUCACGCUCCGUAAGGGCGAUCCGGUGGCCUGGGGCAAACUGGAGGACCCCAACUACAAACCAGAACCAGAACCCGUAGAGGACAGCUUCCUGGAAAUCCCAGAGUCUUACCAGCCCGACUGGGACAUCGACGACGACGACAUCAGUGACUCGGAUGAAGAGUGGGCCGACAGCGCACAGCAGAGCAAAAGCCAGGACGGCAGCGACGAGCGGCUGAAGCAAGAGCAGGAGGCGCAGAACAUGAAGAGGAAGGAGGUGGAGGAGGAGAUGAAGAGACUGAUGGAGCAGCAGAGCAAGAUGGAGGAGGAGAGGAGGAAGUUAGAGGAGCAGAGGAGAGAAGAGGAACAGGGAGGAUAUGAAGACAUGCCUGAUUUAGAAGAUGGAGAAGCUCGUUUAGAUGAAUAAKUUCAAUUCUUCAGCAAAGGAAGUUUCUUAAUCAUUUUGAAUCUUUUAAARUGUGCGACUCUUUCUUACAUGUGUUUCAGAGAUGGAUUUAUGAAAACUCACAUUUUGAGAAUAACUUUUUGAAAAAUAUGAAUAAUUUUUAGAGGAGAUGUUUGGGGAACAAGCAGYUUAUGUUGCAGUAUUUUAUCAUGAAACUUCAAUAAACUUUUCUAUGUCUSUUUCUG